CUUCAUUAAAUACUGCAUUGGGUUCACCCUCAAGGAACAACGACCACACAAGCCGAGCAUAAGGGCAUUCCCUUAAACGUGUAUCACUGUUUCCGUCUCACCCCCGCAAAUUGGACAGCCGUCCGAGGGAGCCAAGUGACGUCGAUAAUGUUCUGCAUUAGUAAGGAGUAUUUGGUGAAGUACUAACCAGAAAAAGGUAUGGGUGCGUUGUGGUCCUUCAAUGCGCCAUGCACUCCUCCACUUCGAGUGAUGAUGUGGAUCCUCAUCUCCCCCGCGAAAGAGAUCAUAAUCUAUAUGGAGCGUAAAGCGCCCUGAAUUUGAAAGGCGCCACACCGGGAUGUCGUCUCCUGCAACUUGCGGGGUUGGAUGGAGCUGCACUUGUAGAGCUAUCCAAAACCGAAAACUUAUAAGACACAAAUUGUGUAGUGCUGAAUGACACAAAAAAUAAGGAUACGUGAUUUUCGUGAAAGAUUUUAUAAAAAAAAUUAUGGCAUUAAAUAUUAUACAUUAGAAGUUCAGUCAAUUUGGAUUGUUGACACAAACUAAUGGAUUGAAUCAUAUGUUUUAUAAAUAUAUCAAUAAGAAUUAAGGAAAAAACGAAGUUAUAUUUCGAAAAUAACUUGAUUGAAUCUCAUAAUCACUUCAUCCAUCUUUCUUUCUUUGUUGGAUUUUUGCUUCAAAUAACACUUCAUAUUUUCCAACCUCAUACACAUAUUAAUUUUCUUUCAGGAAUUUUCAUCGAGGCAAUUGACUCACCUAACCGUUAGGAACGGUUCCUCAUCUUAAGCAAAGCAACCACCACCAGUCACCAUUCUCAUUGAGUUAAAUAAGAUAAAAAGAAAUAUAACAUUCUGUGCGAUUUACCGAUUUUACCCCUUAGGCCUCCUGAUUCGCGAACCAUCACGUGUCUAGGUCCUGUAAAUAUGAACCAGAAGCAAUCCCAUUUCCGUAAAGUACCCUUCCCUUUUUUCCUGCCAUUGCAAGUAAUCUUUUUUUCUUGUCCCAGCACGCUUUUCCUACCAAAUUUCUAAUUUUCUUUUGUUCCAUUUUCCACCAGAUUUCUUCACAGAAAAGGAAAAACCAAUUAUCCUUCCCGUUCCGUUGUCUCAUCUCGAUUGCCAUUCCCAUUUGUACUUCCACAACAGAUUGCUCUUCUUCGCCAUUGAGCGAACCAGCCAGAUCCUUCGGGAGGUCCGAUCCUUCUCCGUCUCCGAGCUCUCUGAAUCUCUCUCAAUGGCUCGGUUCCUUCUCUUCCCUCUCCUCCUCGCCCUCCUCUUCUCCAUUUCCUCCGCCGAGAUCCGCUUCUCGGAGGUCCGAUCCGACGACCGCCCGAUCAUCCCCUUCGACGAAUUCGGAUUCACUCACUCCGGCCGCCUCGAGCUCAACGUCUCCAAGAUCCAGCUCUCCGACACCAACCCCGAUCUCGACCUCGCCAAGAUCGGAUUCUUCCUCUGCACCCGGGACACAUGGCUCCACGUCCUCCUGCAGCUCGAGGACGGCGAGAUCACCUGCGCGCUCCAAUCCGACCUCAUCAAGACCGUCUUCACCUUCAAGGACAUCCCCGUCGGGAAGAAGGAGCACAGCGUGGUCUACAAGGAGAACGAGGCCGAUCAAUACACGCUCGUCUUCGCCAAUUGCCUGACCUCGCUCAAGGUCUCCAUGGACGUCCACUCCGCUAUGUACAAUCUCGAGAGAGGCGGCGGCACUCGCGAUUACCUCUCCGCCGGUAGGACGAUCCUGCCUAGGGUUUACUUCCUCUUCUCCUUGGUCUAUUUCGUUCUAUCCGGAAUCUGGAUUUACGUCCUCUACAAGAAGCGCCUCACCGUUUUCAGAAUCCAUUUGUUCAUGCUCGCUGUUGUGAUCAUGAAGGCUCUGAAUCUGCUGUGUGAGGCCGAGGAUAAAUCGUAUAUCAAGAGGACCGGCAGCGCUCACGGAUGGGAUGUGUUGUUCUACAUCUUCAGCUUUUUCAGGGGGAUUACUCUCUUCACUCUGAUCGUCUUGAUUGGAACUGGGUGGUCGUUCUUGAAGCCCUAUUUGCAGGACAAGGAGAAGAAGGUGCUGAUGAUUGUGAUCCCGCUUCAGGUUGUGGCCAAUAUCGCGCAGGUGGUGAUCGACGAAACAGGGCCCUAUGGCCAGGAUUGGAUCACAUGGAAGCAGAUUUUCUUGUUGGUUGAUGUGGUUUGCUGCUGUGCGGUUCUGUUCCCCAUUGUCUGGUCCAUCAAGAAUCUGCGUGAGGCUGCCAGGACCGAUGGAAAAGCUGCAGUGAAUUUGAUGAAGCUGACCCUGUUUAGGCAGUACUACAUUGUUGUGAUCUGUUACAUUUACUUCACCCGUGUGGUGGUUUAUGCGCUGGAGACCAUCACUUCGUAUAAGUAUCUCUGGACCAGCGUGGUGGCGAGUGAAUUGGCCACCCUUGCAUUUUACUUGUACACCGGGUUGAAGUUCAAGCCCGAGGCACAUAACCCUUACUUUGUUAUUGAUGAUGAGGAAGAGGAAGCUGCUGCGGAACAGUUGAAGCUUGAAGAUGAAUUCGAGUUGUAAUUUUGUUGGGUGCGGAAGAUUGUCCUUCCCACUGAGAGAAUUAAGGUAGAAAGAAUUUACAAUCAGCUCUUUCAUUGUCUGUUUUGACCGUUUAAGGGCGUCGUUCAUAUGUGAUUGUUACAUACUGGAUAUGGUGCUUCUUGAUGUAAUUUUUGGAUUCAUGGUUAUUAGGAUAGUUUUUCUUUGUUAUAAUACUUUCUGUUACGUGGAAAAAGUGGCCAUCUUGGAUAGUAUUGCUUUACUCCUGACUUUGCAUAUUCAGUUACUGCUACUUUGAACAAAUUGGGUAGCCUCUCUUUAGUUAUCAAGCCUUGACGAAGGCAAAGAUUCUUAGAUCUGUGAAACUUGAAACUGACUCAGCUAGUGUGCUGCUGGAAUGCUAUACUGAGCUAUCAUAGCAAGUCGAAGGGGGACAAUGUUUCUCAUUUCUUGGGUAGUAAGUUGCUCCAUGAUGGGUUUAGUACAUGCCAUUUACAGUAACGGUCUCUCAAGUUUGAUACAUGUGGGUUGUUCUCUGUCUUGAAGAAGCUACUGUAAGAUGUCAUGUUUUUGCUGCAUAUUUCAUUACAGUUUCUAGGUUGGAAACUUGUGAUAGUAUGUAAACUAUCCCUUGCCUGCUGUCGGAUCUUGGAUUCCCCCUUUUCUGUGUAAGAAAGUGGAGGGAGGGAAGGGACAGUGGACCGACCGUAAUAAUGAAGUUAUCAAUGAGAU